UUCUUUAUUUAUAAAUAAUAUUGAUAAUACUUAAAUCAAAAACUUCAUUUUUUAGUAUGAUCAGCAAUGGAUCAAGCAAAACAUUCUUGUAUAUUUUUAAAUAAUACUUUUCAAUGCACAAGUGUGUUUUCAAUGAUUUCAAUGAAGAAAGAGAGAAAAUGAAAAGAAGGAAAUCUGUAGAGAAAAAUGUGUAUUGCGUUAUUAAGUCGUGUCUUCCUAGAAAUAAAGAGUGUGUUUGAAACUUCGAGUCUAAUUAACGUUGACUCCUUGCAAUAACAUAGCAUUUGGAUCUUUGGAUUGGAGCAGACAUUUAGGAGUAAAUUCAGAAUUUUUACGCAAUUUUCCAAUGAGUUUGGAUCAACAAGCGAACGUUGCCGUUCCAUCGUCUAUAACAUACGAUCAGAAAUACGUGGAUUUUGUGGAAGACGCACUGAAAGAAACAGCCAGCGACUUUGGAAGAGAAGGAAAAUUUUCUUAUCAAAACCUACUGAAGCUAUCUAAGCUAUUCGGGAGUGUGUUUGAAAGAGCGUUAGAUUUGUAUGAACAGAAGCGAGUGACGCAGAUAUCAACAUCUAACGCGAUUAUAACAGAGUGCAAGAGUGCAAAGGAGGCCAGUUGGCUGAUGCAAAUUAAGGGGCACUCUGGUGCAUUAUACACACUUUUCCCCGAGGUGAACUAUUGCACCUGUAUUGCCUUCAGAUCUCACGCAAAAAUGAGUCUGUCUAGCGUGAAGGAUUAUAUGCUGUCUGCAAAGAUAGGAUUGGCAAAUUUGAAAAUUGUGAUACAGUUGUUAAAAGCCAUCAAUUUCAAGGAGACAGCUAUCUGCCUCGGCAGUAAAAAGGGGUUGAAAAUUACAGUUGAAGACGCAAGGUGUAUGCAGGCUAGUGCAUACAUCCCAACCGAGGUCUUUGACGAGUUCGAGUCGAAGGAGGAUGCUACCUUCUCGAUUAAUUUAAACAUACUAGUAGAGUGCCUCUGUAUGUUUUGGCCUACUUCGCAAGAAGAUUCCAUCACAGUACAGAUGUUUUACAAAGGCACAGGCUAUCCUCUAAGCGUGAUCAUUGAGGAGGAUGGCGUCAUAACAGAUUGUUCGUUAAGAACUCUAGAAGUAGACGCGUUGUUGAACUUCUAUCUCGAGGACGUUGUCAACAAAGUAGUAUUGCAAACGGAACUGUUGAAGGAUGUGAUAGCCGAGUUAGAUCCAACCAGUGAGUUGGUCGAGCUGCGUUUAUCGCCGGAGGAGCCGUUCUUCAGGAUCAGCACGAACGGUCUGGGCGGCACUUGUCACAUCGACCUGCCUCACGAGAGCUCAUUGAUAGAUACUUUUCAAUGUACGUCAACGGCGAUAUCCAAUUUCAAAUUGUCGCACAUCAAGCCGGCGAUGAAACCGUUAUCGUGCGCGAACAGGGUUUCCCUGAGGACCAACGACGCUGGACUAUUGUGCUUUCAAUACAUGAUCAAAACCGAGAACGGCCACACCUGUUUCAUAGAAUAUUAUAUUUCUCCAUUGAUAGAUACGGACGAUUGAAUAACAAUAAAUAAUUGUACAGGAAUAGUAAAAUUAUUUCAUGCCAUGUCAGAGUCACGGUAUGUUCCAAGUGCCUAUUACAAUGUAUCAUAGUUGUAUAAAAUAUAAUUCUAGUUUUUUUUAUA